UGUAGCACGAUUUUAAAGUAACUAGAUUCGUUCAAAGAAUGACAAUGUUGACUAAAAAGUUUAAGCCUUUAGGAAUAUACAUCCUUGUGCCUUUGUAUACUAUGGUGAUGCUGCUAUUGGGUGCUUCAAUAACAGCUGGCCUAUUUGUGUUCCAUGUGGUUGUAGUGCCUCUCAUAUUUAGGUACUCUAAGGUGUUCAGACGGAAUCUUGUAUUUGCUAACUUUGUUCUAUUGCCUUACAAUAUAGACCAUGAUGAUCCGUCCGCUAAUGGUAUCGAUGGAGCUCGCAGCUUCAGUUUGCACUACCAGUCUAAAGUCGACAACUGCUCGGUGAAGAUUGGUAUAUGGCAUAUUCUACCCAAGUCAACUUACGAGAGAUUGAAAGGGGAUUUUGAAGAUAACAUAGAUAAAGAAGAGUUGAGUAGAAAGUUAGAUGAAGAACUGGCUAACUCGCAGACUCCUAUCAUGAUGUAUUGUCAUGGUAAUUCCAACUCGCGUGCCGCCGGGCACAGAAAAAUGCUUUACAAAGCCCUCCAGAAAAUGGAUUUUCAUACAAUCGCGUUUGACUAUAGAGGAUUUGGAGAUUCAACCAAUCUGCAGCCAACGGAAGAUGGUGUUGUGGAAGACUCUUUGAUAGUAUAUGAAUGGAUACAUAAUACAGUGGAAAAGUCAAGUAAAAAACCACCCAUAUUCGUAUGGGGGCAUUCUCUCGGUACAGGCAUAUCCUCCCACCUGUUCGGAUCGUUGGAAGAGUUGUGUGCCACAGUGUUGGAGAGAGAAUCUCCCCUGCCGCAGCCCAAUGGGCUCAUCCUGGAGUCUCCGUUCACCAAUUUGGCAGACGAGGUGGCUGCUCAUCCAUUGGCAAAGCUAGUUACCUGGCUCCCUUACCAUGACGCUGCGUUCCUGUCACCGUUCCGCGACCGCAACGAACCGCAAACGUUCCGCUCCGACUGUUACUUGGCGCGAGUGACUACUCUACCGGUGCUUAUAUUGCAUGCGAGAGGGGACCUGGUCGUGCCAUACGUCCUUGGGAAAAGGUUAUAUAAUUCAAUAAUGGAAUCGCGUAAAUACGGCGGUGCAACAGUCAAACUACACGUUUACGAAAAAAAGGAGAAACUGGGACACAUGUGGAUAUGCAAAGCCAGAGACUUGCACGAAGUCGUUGGGGAGUUUGUGCAGAAACAUCGAUGAGUUCUCGAUUUUCGAUGAAAAUAGCUCAAUAUGUUUGUCACAAAGGAAUUGAUGCUCAUUAAUUGAUAAAAAAGAAACUAAUUAGGACAUAUUUAGGAAAACUAAUUUAUUUAUUUAUUAUUAUUAACUUUAAUUUAUGAAACAUUGUUUUUGUUCUGAAGUCAUUUUGGAAUUCAUCACAUUGUACUUUAAAGCAAUUGUAAAAUUGACGAAUAUGCAAAAUUAUUUUUUGAAAUCAUGCCAUACUUGUGAUAUUGUGGAUCAAUAUUAUAUAUAUAUAUAUAUACAUAUAUAUAAAUAUAUUUAUUGUAAAUCCUUCAUGCGCGAAUUCAAUGAAGGUAGUUUCGCGUCGUUUUUCAAAUAUUCUCAAAAUAAUUCUGAAUGAAUAUUGUGAUGGAAACUUGGUGUACCAAGUACAAUUUAAACCUAUAGUCCCUCCUGAGGUUAAGUUUUUUUCAGUGCAGCUUUCAUAGCUAUUUCUUUGUUAUAGUACAGCUGACGAAAGAAUGCGACCCUGAAAGGUCUUUUCAGUUCCUUUUGGCGACAGCUGCAGUAAUUUAAAAUGUCUGAGUUUUGGCAUGGCAGUAUAGAAAG